UCGCCGACAAAGGACAAGCGCGAAGUCACGCCGACACCGCCCUCCAGUGGCGGGUGCGUAUCCAGGGCUGGCUCCGUGAGUUUAUCAGCGCCCACGCGGCAAGCCGUGGUCUCGAAGCCCUCCGAGCUCGUCCGCAUCCACGACCGGGCCCCAGCAGGGGGCGCUCUCGCGCUCGCCUGGAUUUUCUCGCGCAACAAGUUCAUCAUGCCGCAGCCGGCGUGCCUGCGCGAGGCCAUGUCAGACAGCAUAGACAUCAUCGCCAAUAAUUUAGAGCGGAGGGCCGUGGCCAAGAAUUACAGCGCGCUCCGCGACUGGAUCGUCACUAGUCUGAGCAGCAAUGUGGGCAAGUUGCGCCGGUUCGUCAACCCGAGGGCCAGGGUCGAGAAGGAGCUCGCCGUCGACAUCAACAGCCGCGCCUCCUACAACGAGAUGCCGCGGGCCAAGAGAGCGCCAUGGGCAAAGAUAUGGAUAUCGCCGCGCUCCGUCGCCGCGAAAAAGGCCGCGGUCAUCGAGCAGAUUUGCGGCGCGUGCAAGUACCUCCCUCCGAAGGGCAUCGGGGACCUGGCCCGCUUCCUCAACCGCUGCGAACUCGAAGGCGCAUGGCCGUGGCAGAUGCGCGCGGCGCCGAUUGCCUUGUUGCGCACGGGCCCCAACGCGGACCGCUCCGUCGACCUCGCCCCUGAUGCGAUCAGACU